AUGGAACAUAGAAGUUUAAGAGUUUUAUUGAAUACACUUGACCAUGAGGAGGCCUGCUCCAGUCCAUCCACCAUUCUCAAGAGAUUCAAAGAGGAAGAUGAAUUCGAACUCCGAUCAAUCAAUUCCAAGUCCGAGGACAACCCAAAUAGAUCUCCAUUGAAAAAGUCGCGCAAGUCUGACGAUGAAGACACUGCUUCCUCGCCAACCUCCUACUCACCACCACUCCAAAUGUCGCAAUCUGGUGCAUAUAAUUUAGAAUUCAUCCGACCAAAGCGUGCCUCUGGCUCCGACCAUAUGUGUCCAUCGCCAAAUUCACGUGAUGCUCUCUUUGCCAAUUAUAAUACCCACCACUCUAAUAAAUGUAGUAAUUUCGAAAGAUCCGAACAAGAGGUUGCCGACCACGACAACUGGGGUGAAGAAGAUCUCUCGGAUGACGAUGACUGUGCCGAUGACGACUACGAAGAAUUUGAAAUCCACUAUCCACAUUUCCACAGUCAAUUCGAAGAGAUGAGCAAAUCCAAGCCAAAGCCAGAUCAAAACUUCUCACUCAACGAGAAAUUCCCAAUCAAUAGAUCAUCCAACAAAGUAAAUUUGGUACCAAAUUCUGCCGCCACCACCCCAUCUCACUCUCCAAAAUCACAUGUAGGAACACCAUCCCGUCCAUUCCCAACACUUGACUACAAAGUAAAGAGUGAACAAGUCAAACAGAAUCCAGACGGAACCUACAGUUGUCCAUAUGAGACAUGUAACAAAACAAUCAAAGGAAAUAAAGGUAAUCUUUCAUCACACCUCAGAUGGCAUCGUAGACUCGAUGCUGAGGCCGGUGACAUCAAAGUAAACAAUCUAGAGGAAGGCGAAGAAGAGGAAUUCACCACACCCAUUAAACCAUCACAACGUGGUGUCCAACUUCGCAACCAAAUGAUCUACUACGGACUCAAUUUGUUCCGUCAAGACAACCAAGGAAAAUAUCUCUGUUUCUUUGAGAACUGCCAACUGAGAAUGCUUACAAACUUCUCACGUCAUAUCGCCAAGCAUGAGCGUAAAGGUGACAAAAUUAAAGAAGAACUUCUCCAGCAUACCCCCAAGCGUGUAGCUAUGGGUAGCUCACCAACAUCACCACCACCACCAUUCCCAUCGCCAUCAACCCUCUCUUCUCCAAUGUCAUUACUCUCACAUAGUUGUCAAUUAACUCCAACCCUUUCACCAUUACAAGACAGUUUUAAGCCAAAGGCACGUAAGAUUCUCACUGUCAACACCAAAGUCUGUUCCAAUAAUAAUGUACACUCACCACCCAUCCUCUCAACAUUCAAUGUAACAUCAUCACCAUCCAAACAAUUAAUUUCUUCACCACCAAUGGACCCAUCGAAUUUGAGACGUUCAUCCUCGAAACUCGACGCCAUGGUUUCAAUUAAUAGUAUUCCACGUGACUCUGACAACGAAGAGUUGUUGGUACCAUCGUCACAGACAUCGCCACAAAAGGCACCAUUUUCACCAACUUCAUCAAACUGGUUCGGUUCCUCGAAAUCUGCAUCGACCAACUCCAUUCCUUUUGGAAACUCCGAUGAAAUCCAGUGGGUAUACAAAAUCCCAAACACUCCAACCUCUACCCCAGGUAGUCCACGUGUAUUCAAUGCUCAAUCACUGAGUGCAUCGUCAUCGAUCGUUCCAACAUCGCCACCAUCUAACUCAUCCAUCCCCGCUGUAAUACCAACCACUCCAACCUCUGCCAUGAAUUUCCAGUUUGCCAAACUUCAAUUCUGUCGUUCCAAAGAAGAUGAAUGUGCCAAAUCUCUCAUGGGACUAACUGGAAAUCAUAUCUGGGAUUAA